AUGGCCGAGAAUGCUUCGCCUGCCGAUAAUGAUAUUUCAACAGCGCGACCGCCAGUACACCCCUUUUUUGCGCAGGGCCGUACAACAACAUCCGCCACGGAACCGUCUGCGAUCCUCGAUGCAACUGAUUCGAGUACCAACUACAUCGCCCCAGUGUUGAACAACGCCACAGACAACAACACAACCACCGGGGAGAACGACACAGACAGCGCAGGAGAAAACCGUGGCAAGCGGCGCAAAGCGGAUCAGGAGCUGAAACUGGACGGUACACCGAUAAAAACCAGGCCAACGAAACGAACAAGGAAUUCGGCGGGUAAAGGGGACAUCGAGAACCUGUUCGCGAAACUCAACAAUGGAAAGGAAGGUGACAAGACCAGCAGGCCUGGUAGUGUGAGCAGCGAUAGGCCGGCCCAGGACCACAAUCCUCAGCCAGAAACUGCUGUGCAACGGGAUACCAGCACCCACAACCCUUUGAUCGAGAACCCACCGGACAAUAAACCACCGACAAACCCCUCACCCAUCGGCCAGCCUCAACCACAAGCAAGUGGGCACAUUGCAACGCCCGGGGUUGUGGAGGGGAGGCCAAAAAAGCUAUUGCUGUUUAAUCCCAAAACUGGGACUAUCGGUCCACCCCCUAAACCAAAGGAGACGCGGAUAGCAGCAGAAGAUUCGGAGGUGAAAAAGAAGGCACCCGGCAGGCGUGGCAGAAAGUCACAGUCAAAGAUCGUGUCCAUUGUCUAUGGGGCGGACCAGGAAGCACGGCUCAGGUUAGCCCAGUUGAUUAAGGAUAUCCUCAGUGGGACAACACGGCACGCCAACACGAAUGCGAGACCAUCAACCAAACCGACCGCAACAGCCACGCUGACGAAGCCCCCAAAAGACACUCACCCGUUUUUCCGAGGUCCGACCAAAGCAACCAAUAAAGCACCUGUGGACUCCCAGCCUAAGAAGCCCAAUGCAUCCCAGAACAGCAGCCGGACAAAACAAUAUUGUACGACCCCAUGCUCCCCGAAGAAGCCACGUCUUGGGCUCGCGUCCAAAGCCCCGAUGCCUCAAUUUGGUGUCAAGAGUUUGGGACUCAAGUUUCCGGGCGCCAAACUUCCUGCGUGGCCCUGGCAAGGCAUGGUGCACGUCCGGGGUGAUGAGGGGGAUAAUAUCUGCCUCGACGACGCGCCAUUGCCCUUCCCCGCCCGGAAGUCAAAGGGAAACGCCGUCAAAAUGUCGCCAAGUGAGUCCAUUAUCAGCCGCGUUGCCGAUGCAUUGGACGUCCCAGCUGUGGCAAAGGCCAUCAGAGACGUCAACACGGAAGAUUUUGUCCCUCCGCCUCCUGAAGUGCGUCUCCCACGAAAGCACUUUGAAAGCGGGAGCAAGCUCCAAUCUCGUAUCCUUGGAGAGCUCAAGACCUUCAAAAGCGCAGCGAAAGCAGCGCUGCCGCAGAACGGCAUGCCAGGGAGCAGCAAUACGAACAACGCUCGGCCUCCCCCACAGCUUACCCGGCUUUUUCGAUCCAUCGCCUCUUCGCUCUCGGCAUUCGACAUGUCCCAAUGUGAGACCACGAACUGGGUGCAAAAAUAUGCUCCGUCGAGCGCCGCUGAACUACUACAGCCCGGCCAAGAGGUAUUCUUUCUCCGAAACUGGCUCCAAACUUUGAUGGUCCAAUCGAUAGACACUGGGUCGCCUGAUGUCGACAAAUCAAAGGCUGGGUCAAAAGGGAAGCCUUCGGGAGCAGGCAAAAAGAAGCGGAGAAAGAAACUAGAUGGAUUCAUUGUGUCGAGUGAAGACGAGGACCAGGAGUGGUACGAGCAUUCGGAGGACGACGAGGACUGGGCGCCUAGUGGGAGCCGAGGCAUCUUGCGGAAGACAGUCGUCCGAUCUCGUAACCGCCCCAGGGGAAAAGAAGUCGAUGACAAAAUUCCCAACACGCUGGUCAUCAGUGGGCCACACGGCUGUGGCAAGACGGCUGCAGUCUACGCCGUGGCUAAAGAGCUAGAUUUUGAGGUUUUUGAGAUCAAUGCGAGCAGUCGGCGGAGUGGCAAGGACGUGUUGGAGAGGAUCGGCGACAUGACAAGAAAUCAUCACGUCCAGCAACACCAGUCCUCCAAUGCGCCAGACAAUCAAGACGCUACAGCAGAUGACGAAACCUCCAGGGACAUCAAGACGGGCAAGCAAGCGACCAUGAACUCCUUCUUUACCGCCAAAGCGAAGGUGACUGUGCCCAAACAGACGAACAAAGAUUCAACAACCCCUCCAGAGAAGGUGACAAAAAAGGAGGCCAAGAAGGAGCCGGCCAAGGCGCAGCGCCAGUCUCUGAUUCUUCUCGAGGAGGCCGACAUUCUCUACGAAGAAGACAAACAAUUCUGGACGACACUCGUCACUCUCAUUGCCCAGGCAAAACGUCCCUUCGUCAUUACCUGCAACGAUGAGACACUCGUCCCCUUGCACACCCUCACCCUCCAUGGUAUCUUCCGCCUUAGCCCCCCACCCAGGGACCUUGCCAUCGACCGCCUCCUCCUCAUCGCCGCAAACGAAGGCCACGCGCUCAUCAGGCAGUCAGUUGAGCAACUCUUCGACGCUCGCCAUCAUGACCUCCGGGCGGCCACGAUGGAUUUGCAGUACUGGUGCCAGAUCGGAGUUGGUGAUCGCAGGGGAGGAUUCGACUGGUUCUACCCCCGCUGGCCAAAGGGGUCCGACUUGGAUGAGAACCAGGAGGUUGUCAGGGUGGUGAGCCAGGGCACAUAUGAGUUGGGAAUGAAUUUGUUUGGGCGAGACCCAGUUAUUGAUGGCAAGGAGUCCGCGCGACUAGUGGAGGAGGAAGUCCUCCAUCAGGCUUGGGAAUCGUGGGGGCUUGAUAUGGGGCAGUGGCAGGAUUCGGAAGAGAUGAUGUUUUGGGCAACAAGCCUGGAGCCGGAGAUGGCAACCCGUGCUAAUCGGGCCGGUAUUUUAGAGGCAUAUGAUCAGUUGGCCGAUGGAAUGAGUGUGGCAGAUAUGUGCUCUGCUGGGUCGUUUGCGACAUUCAAGGAGGAGCUCAUCGAUACCACACAGCCAGAUCUUGCAGCCAAGGUCCGUGACGACUUUGUUCUCGGCAUCACACACCUCGAAGCACCCGUGAUUAAACACUACAGCGCUCUGUCCCCGUUGAUCGCCUCCACGAUCAAAUCUCUCGCCAAGUCUUCACUCAGGCUACGAACCGAAAAGCGCAAACUUGUCCAGGCAAACACACUAUACCCUCUAAACGAACCCCGGGCCAUAAACCAACUGCAAACGAGCUUCACAUACACCCUCCCGGGUACUCCUCAGAUCAGCCGCAUGGACUUCGCCUUCGCCUUCGACCCCAUUGCCGCUCCCGACUCCUCAUCUCUCCACCAUCACCAACCCGUCUCCUACCUCGAACCGUCCGUUUUCGACCGCACCCUGCGCCUCAUCACCCUCGACGUGGCGCCCUAUGUCCGCGGCAUCAUCGCGUAUGAACUGCACCUUCAGAAACAGCGUAUCAAGCUCAGCAGCCUAGUCAGUGAGGGUGGCACGGGCGGACCAGGGUCGAGACGUAUGCGGACCACACGCGCGGCGCUGUCGGCGCUAGAAGGCGGGACGCGGAGCGCGACGAGGGGGGAGAGAUGGUUUAAGGCGGAGAUGAAUCCGUAUUUUGUGGCGAAGACGGCUGGGAAGGGGUGGAAUAGCUUUGAGGAGGGUGAUCUGGAGGAGGUAGGGGAAGAAAAGGGGAAGGUGGCGGACGCUGGAGGCGUGUGGUCCGAUUCAAGCCAGGAGGUGACGCCCAAGAGGGUGGUACAAAAGAAGAGGAAGCGGAAGGUGGUGUUAGAGGGUGAGGAAGAUGAGGAGGAACGCUAG